AAUCAGAAUUCGCGCGAGCGAGAAAUGGCCAACGUCGUGUCGCUGGGUUCGAGCGUAUCUUUGCGCGUCGUUUUGUGAACCCCGUAGUCCCGCAAUAUCACGUUGACGUCUGUCGCCAUUUCCUCGCACGGAGGAGAGACCGUCCGUUUAUUUCGCAAGCAAUGGCAGAAGGAAAUGGGGAAAUAAAAAUGGAAGAAAAGCAAGAAAUGGAAAAUUUGGAACGGACAGAAGAUUUUAACAAACUUAUGCAAUAUGGGCUAGAUGAGAAAGUGGCUGCCAAACUGGAUGAGAUUUAUAAGACGGGAAAAUUGGCUCAUGUUGAUCUGGAUGAAAGAGCUCUUGACGCUUUAAAAGAAUUUCCAGUUGAUGGUGCACUAAAUGUGCUUACACAAUUUCUGGAAUCUAAUCUAGAACAUGUAUCUAACAAAUCAGCAUAUCUUUGUGGAGUAAUGAAAACAUACAGACAGAAGAGUCGUGCGGGUCAAGGAACAGGCACCAGCACAACACCUAAAGCCCCAGAUGAGGACAAAAUUAAAAUGAUUUUGGAGAGAACAGGAUAUCCUUUGGAUGUAACCACUGGACAAAGAAAAUAUGGUGGUCCUCCACCAAAUUGGGAAGGGCCAACUCCUGGCACUGGUUGUGAGGUAUUUUGUGGCAAAAUUCCAAAAGACAUGUAUGAAGAUGAAUUAAUUCCGUUAUUUGAAAAAUGCGGGAAAAUUUGGGAUUUGAGACUGAUGAUGGACCCCAUGUCAGGUUCCAACAGAGGAUACGCAUUUAUCACAUUUACUAAUAGGGAAGCUGCACAGCAGGCUGUUCGAGAGCUGAAUGAUUAUGAGAUUCGGAAAGGGAAAAAGAUUGGUGUUACCGUAUCAUAUAACAAUCAUCGCUUGUUUGUGGGAAAUAUUCCAAAGAAUCGAGACCGAGAUGACUUGUUCGAAGAGUUUACAAAGCACGCACCUGGCCUGACGGAGGUGAUUAUCUACAGCUCACCAGAUGACAAAAAGAAGAAUAGAGGUUUUUGCUUUUUGGAAUACGAAUCUCACAAAGCAGCUUCCUUAGCCAAGCGAAGGUUGAGUACUGGACGUAUCAAGGUUUGGGGAUGUGAUAUUAUUGUUGAUUGGGCCGAUCCUCAAGAGGAGCCAGACGAACAGACUAUGUCCAAAGUACGUGUGCUUUACGUGCGAAAUUUGACGCAAGAUUGUUCUGAAGAGAAGUUGAAAGAAAGCUUCGAACAAUAUGGCAAAAUUGAGCGAGUGAAGAAAAUCAAGGAUUAUGCCUUCAUACAUUUUGAAGAUAGAGAUAAUGCUGUUAAAGCAAUGAAUGAAUUAAAUGGCAAAGAAAUGGGUGGAUCUCACAUAGAAGUUUCGUUGGCCAAACCACCAUCUGAUAAGAAGAAGAAAGAAGAGAUGCUGCGUGCUAGAGAGAGACGAAUGAUGCAAAUGUUGCAGGGUAGAGGCGGUGGAUCUCCAUCUCACCCGAGCAUGAUGGGAGGACCAAUGCCAGUUCGUGGGCCUGCACAGGGACCUCGAGGUACCGGUGCAGGUAUGCGUGGACAGAUGGGACGAGGCGAUUACGAUUAUGAUUACGACUAUUACGGUUAUGGGGAUUAUCGAGGUGGCUACAGUGAUCCCUAUUACGAUGACUAUUAUCGAUACGAAGAUUACUAUUUCGAUUAUGCACCGCCUCCGCCGCCUGCCAGAGGGAGAGGCAGGCAGCCUCAACCGGCUGGUCGUGGCCGUGGAGUAGUGCCACGUGGCCGAAUCGGUGGCCCGCAAGCCCGUGGGCCAGUCAGGGGGGGACGCAACCCCGCAGCUUCAGGGGUCCGUGGGGUCCAGCGGCUGGCCGCUCGUGGGGGGGUCCGCGCCAAGGGAAGUUUACCAGGUGAGGAUGUAAACGAUCCAAUCCACCUUUCAACCAAGGUACCCGAGUCCCAUCUACUUUAUUGUAACAGAGCAGUAGCAGGUAAACGAAAAUUUGACGGGGGUCACCAGAACCAGGGGGAAUCUAAGCGUCGCUUCCAGAGCAACUGGGGAAACCAGCCCCUCGCCCAACAACCACUGGGCAAUGCAUACGGAUUGGCGAGUGUGAAUGGUGGCAGUGGUGGUGGUGGCGGUGACAUAAGUUUCGGAAAUAGAGCUGGCGCGCUCGGCGGUGUUUCUGGUGAUGAUCACGAAUGGUAUCAAGACUCUUACCAGUCAUGGAGCUAACUUCUGCAAGCUUGUGAUAAAAAAAUACGCACGCACGAACAAAUGCAUGAUAGACCGAAGCGAGAAAGAGAAAGUAGAGGAAAAGAGAAGAAGUUAACAUCAAAAAGGGGAGUGUAUGUAUACAUGAGUGUGUGCGCGCGAGAGAGAGAGAGAGAAGGGGAAAGAAAUUUUAUAGACGGAGAGAAGGAAAGAUCAUCCAUUUAUAUUAUUAUCGCUCUUAAUCAAUUCGAGUAAUUGUAAAUGUUUUUUCAUAUUAAUAAUACGCAGCAACUGUACUCUGCGCCACCACCAUCGCCCGCUGUUGUUGUGAUUAUGUACAGUGAUGUGCCACUGAGACUAAUUAUUACAUCGGAGUGUGACUGCCCACUCACCCCGUACUAUUAUUAUUAUGAUGAUAAUACUAAUCUAAGUACCACUACUGCAUUGUCACAUUGUUUACUGCCAAGUGAUGAAGAUCAGUGAUGUUGACAUAAGGAUUGUGAUGGCUUGUAUUAGUUAAGAGAACUCAUGGAAGCCUGCGGUUUAAUACAUGAUGCUGUUAUGAAUCUACGUGACGAAGCGUGUGUGUUAGAUAAGCUGUGAAACGAAAUAGGUAGCAUGGAAAGAGAAUAAAAGUGUUAGGGAACAAAAGAGAGAUAGAGCAGACAGAAAUUUCCAAGAUUGAAGAAGUAAGAAAUGUAGUAGGUACGUUAGGCAAGCAGAGAAGGCACAGGGCGAGAAUGCGAUAUUUUAGCGAGCAUGCGAGAUGGAUGAGCGUCUAAGACGUGUAUUUGCAAGAAAUGGAGAAAGGGAGUUUUCUUUAAGCGGAAUGUGUCUUUGUAUGUGUAUGUGUGCGUGGAGCGUGCCAAGUGCGCCACAAGACCUUCUAUUGUUGGUCUAUAAACGUGUACAGUCAGUGAAACUAUUAUUAUUAAGAGUCAGGCAAAGUUUCGCGAAAGUAGCGAGUGGUAAAACGUUGCAAGACAACGGUUCUGAGAAUGUCUCCCAGAUUAAGUUUGGUUACAGUCAGGCAAGGAUUUUAUUAAAUAAGACAAAAAAAAGGGGAAAAACAGAAUAUUGCUCACUAUCGUAAAGAAAUCUGCUUGUACAGUAAAUUUUUCAAUGACAGUAUCCAAGUAGUCAAGACAAAUUCAGAUUCAAAUCAUAAUAUAUAUUUAUUUGUUGAAGUGUUUCUUUUUUAUAAGUGAAACAUUAAAAAUUGUUCGUUGAAAGUAAAUAUCGAAGGUGAGUCUAUUACCUUUGAAGGAGAAGUAAAGAAAGAGUGUAUUGUUUUUUCUAAAUUUUAUGUAAAAAGUAAAUUUGUUUUUUUGUAUUCUCUUUUACAAAAAUAAGAGAGGAAACAUUUUUAAAGAUGACUGACUAUGAAUUUGAUAAUGAUAGUCACGGAUUGAAAUAGGAAGUAAAAUCUAAUGUUUACAAAUGCAUGAACACAUACAGCACACAUUUUGAGUGUUGACUUGUUGUUAUUGUUAGCCUGUUAGUUAAUUAGUAAGAGUUGUAAGUGCGGGCUGUAGUUGGUCCCUGUCCCUGGAGCCCAGACACCCCCUGUUCUGGAUGAUUAUUUGAAAAAGGAAAGAAAAAAAGAAUAUAUAUGCAAAUAAUUUGUAUUUUACACGCACCCCUGGAAUAUGAAAACAAAUACGACAUAAAGACGAAAAAAAAGAAAAAAAAGAUAUUGUAAUAAUGGAAUAACUGCAUAUCAGUCUCCUGUUUAUUGUAACACACACCAAACGAGACGAUAAUCGCAUAUAUAACAAUAUAUUGGCUCUGAAUCGGAUUUGAUAUAAUAGUAGAAUUGGCGGAUAUAUAUAUAUAUAUGUAAUACAAUAUGGAGUCUGAUUCUACAUCAAACGAUUAUGCCAUAGAGACCGACCAAUCACGAAUAUAAAAGAUCGCAUAUACAUCACAUUGUAUCAUGGAAUCAUUAUAUAAUUUACAGGCUGACACACAAUAUCAAAAAAAAAAAAAAAUACGAAAUCAUAGAUGCAUUACAGACAUAAUGUCUAGAUGACGAUUGUUUUCCCAAUUUAUUAUGAGCAUUUUGUUAAUUUUUAUUCAUGUUUUACUUAAGUCUAAUUCUUUGUCAUCGAUACUGUUUUACUGAUAGCGAUGAAUUUAAUUCAUCUGGAAGUAAUGAUUAGACGAGAGAAAAAUUCCCUGUUUUUAUUGCGAUCAUUGUUUAAGUCUUGUCCCCAAUCAUUGCGAUCAUUGUUUCGAAAAAAAAAGUAAAAGGAAAAAAAAUCCGAACAACUUGCGAAAUCGCGGUUUGUAUUGGUGAUCUAUCUUUUCAUUCCUCUCGUGCCCCCUUUUUCACCGCCCCUUUUUACUGAUUAUUCGCUUACCAUAUUUUAUAUAUCUUUAUCUACCUACUCUACUUACCUACACACCCUAUUUAUGAAAAGCAUAAUAUCGAGGGUAUAAUAAUAUUAAUAUUAACAAUAUGAUAAGAAUGAUAUUGCUAAUCAUAAUUGAGUGGGUUUUUGUGACACACAUGAUAAUAUUCCAACAUAAUAAAAAAAGCCUGGUUUCUUCUGUGCAAAAAAAUUGUAAUUAAUAAAAAGGAAUAAUAAGAACAUGAUAGAGAAAAAAAUAAAGGAAAAAAAAUAAAGAAAGCAAAAAGAUAUGUUAUAUAUAUUACAUAUGUAUACACAUACAAAUACAUAGAUGCAAAGAUACGAUUAUAAAGAGAGUUCGGCUUGCGGGGGCAAGGAAUUAUAACUUGGCUAAAGCGGAGACAGUUCACGGUGACGAGAUUCUUAGACUGAUCUAGGUACUAGUGUUUAUCGAUAAUACCACCCGGCCCUGCUCCGGCAAAAAAAGGCGUCCCAAAUAUAUUACUGUCGUAUCCCUUUCCUAUUUUUAUCUCCAUCUUCCUUCUAUGUUUUUCCUUGUCCCACCCACAUCAUCUUCCGAUCCUUUUUUAUAUUUUGAUAAUUGGUAUGGCAGCUGGGGUGCCUGGGAGAGAGGCGGGGGGGGGUUAUCGGUCGCAUUUUAGGAUAUUGCACCACACACACUGUGGCUGGCGAUGCCGUAGCCGCGUGCGCGCGCCCUUCUUUUUUAUCCGGCCAACGCCCCGAUUAAUAAUAAUGAUGGUAAUGAUGAUGAUGAUAAUAAUAAUAACGAAUGACGAGAUGAUGAAUGAUGAUUCGCGGCACAUUUCUUUUUUCUUCGAGACAUCAUUACAUCAUUCGGGGCUUAUCAUGUCGCAGUUGGCCAUCUCUCAUAUGUCGGAUGUUGUGUGAUCCUUGGGUCGAAACGUUGCGAACAUUAAUUCAAAGCGGCCCACGAAGCACAUGUUUUUUUUAAUUAUAUAUAAAUAUAUAUUAUAUUUCUGCGAAUAUAUGCAUUUUUGUGACGUGAUGUUAUUUAGCACUAAUUAACGAGAAAGAAGGAAAUCGUACGAUAGUAACGAAGGAUUCAGUAAGAAAAACACCCGCCCCCAAACCCCCGAAAAGGAAAAAAAAAAAAAGACACAUGUACAUGUUAUAUUUUUUUGCGCUACGUAUCAGCUCCGUAGCUAUAAAACAGACGUGCAAAAUUAUUUUAUCGCCAAAUUCUUUACAUUACUGACAAUUAUAAAUUGUGUUUUUUCGGAUUCUUUAUUAUUCAUCUCCUAUCUACUAAUUGCUUUGCUUUAUAAUUCCCGCAAUUUUUAUUUCUCCAAGUUGCCCCUAACUUUAGUGUGAAACGUAGUUAAACAUAAUAAUUAAUGAUGAAUUUAAAAAACAAUGUUAUAACAUGAUUCCUUUUUUCGGGCUAAGAGCUUGAUUUGAAGUAUCAAAGAUUUUUGUGUAUGACCAGAUGUAUUCUACAUGUCUCAAUAAACAGUUGUAUGUGAAUUACCUUUCUUAAA